AUGGAUAGAUCAGUUCAUCUUUUUAUUCUUUUGCUAUGGUUUCUAUGCUCUGAAACCAUCCAAUUCUGUUCUUGCAAUGGAGAUUCGAGGGCAGUUUGCAUAGAAAGAGAGAGGCAAGCCCUUCUAAAGUUCAAAGAAGGUCUUACAGAUCCCAUGAAAUUGCUAUCUUCAUGGGUGGGCCAUGAUUGCAGCAGAUGGAGAGGAGUCGUCUGCAACAACAGAACAGGGCAUGUCGUCAAGCUUGACCUCCGAAACCCACGUCCAUUCAACAUCUACUAUUACGACAGGUGGACUUUGGGCGGUGAGAUACUUCCUUCUUUACUCGAGUUGAGGCAUUUGAACUACCUAGACCUGAGCAUGAACGAUUUCAAAGGGAUCGGCAUCCCAGACUGGAUAGGUUCGUUCAAGAAACUGAAAUAUCUUAACCUCUCCAGAUCAGGUUUUGGUGGAGCAAUCCCUCAUCAGCUUGGUAAUUUGUCGAGCUUGCGUUUUCUUGAUCUCAAUAACGACCUCAGUGUGUAUUCGCAUUAUCUUGAUCUUCCUGAAUUGGAUGCCAACAAUCUUCAAUGGCUCUCGCCUCUUUCUUCCCUGCUAUUCCUUGACAUGGGACUAGUGAAGCUUCGUAUGGCAACUGAUUGGCUACAAGUAACCAAUACUCUUCCUUUGUUGGAAGAGUUACGGUUAGCCAAUUGCCAACUUCCCAACGUUCCUGCUUCCCUUCCACAUGUUAAUUUCACUCGUCUUUCCGUUCUCGAUCUUUCUUCCAACUCCAUCGGCUCAAAGAUGCCUGCUUGGUUGUUUAAUUUGAGCAGUCUUCUUUUUCUUGAUCUUUCUAGCAACUCGCUUCAGGGCCCUCUUCCAAAUUUUCUUGGAGGAUCUCUGUCCUUGAGAGAAUUGCGUCUCAGUAAUAACAUGUUUAAUGGAAGUCUUCCAGAAAAUAUUGGUGAUAGGAUGCCUGAAUUGAAUUUCCUGUCUCUUUCUCAGAAUCAAAUCGAAGGUGGAAUCCCUCUCUCUGUGUGUAAAAUGAAAUAUUUAGUAGUUCUUGAUCUGUCACAAAAUCAGUUAUCAUCACGAAUCCCUAGCUGUUGGCAGGAUUCGAUGAUAAUAAUGGUAAUGGAUUUAGGAAACAAUAAUCUAUCCGGUGAAAUUCCUGGCUCAAUGGGUUCUUUACUUUUUCUCAAGUCAUUGCACUUGAGAAACAAUAACCUUUCUGGAGCAGUUCCUUCAUCUUUGAAGAAUUGCACCAGUUUGGUUUCACUUGAUCUUAGUGGCAAUCAAUUCACUGGAAACAUUCCUGUUUGGAUUGGAGAAAGCCUAACUUCUUUGAGGUUUCUAAUGCUUCGGUCGAACAUGUUUUAUGGAGACAUUCCCCCCCAGUUAUCACUUCUGAGUGCUCUUCAGCUCUUGGAUCUCGCACAGAAUAAUCUAUCAGGAACCAUUCCCAGUAGUUUCGGCAACCUGAGUACAAUGGCUGUUGAAAAGAGAAAGGUCGGACCUGUUUUGUAUGACCUUUCUGGCACUAUUGCGAAGAUAACAAAGAAAAACAGAAGCGCAGUUGUGGUACCAAUGAUUUAUUUGGACAGCUAUCAAGAGAAUAUGAUGAUUGUUACAAAAAGAAAUGAAUUAGAAUUUGGUAGAGUUAUUGCAGAGGUAAUCGGCUUGGAUCUUUCAAACAACAAUCUAUCUGGUGAGAUUCCUGAAGAACUUACGGGUCUUUCUGGAUUGGGCUUCUUGAAUUUAUCGGGAAAUCAUUUGAUGGGAAUGAUACCAUGGAGUAUCGGCAGAUUGAAGGUACUAGAAUCCCUGGAUCUGUCAAGAAAUCAUCUCUCUGGUGUGAUUCCUCCAAGCAUGGCUGAUUUAACCGUCCUAAGUAGGUUGAAUCUGUCAUACAACAACUUGACGGGAAUGAUACCAGGGAGUAUCAGCAGAUUGCAGGAACUAAAAUUCCUGGAUCUGUCAAGAAAUCAGCUAUCUGGUGUGAUUCCUCCAAGCAUGGCUGAUUUAAGAGUCCUAAGUUGGUUGAAUCUGUCAUACAACAACUUGUCAGGGCCUAUUCCAUUCGAAGGACAAUUUUUAAACUUUGAUAACGCAUCAUUCAUUGGCAAUUACGAUCUCUAUUGUCCUUCACCUUUAAAUCCCUGCCCCGAUGAUAGACAACAUCAAUAUCUGAAGGUUGGUAGCAAGGAUAGAGAAGAAGAAAGAGCCGAUGCUAGUGAAAUAAUAUUGUUUUGUACAAGCAUAGAACUAGGAUUUGUGGUUGGGUUUUGGGGAUUCUGUGGCGUUUUAAUUUUCAAGAAGCCUUGGAGGAUUGCCUAUUAUGGAUUCAUGGACGACAUGAAAGAAAGGUUCCUAUCUACAGUGGAAAAAAAGAUAGCGAGAUUGCAAAGAAGGAUAUCCAGACAAAAACAAGGAGGCCAAGGGUGA